AUGGCUCCUUAUCUAGGCUCAUCUCACCGUCGGCCAUUCAAGCAGUCUCGUCCUGUUCGCUCCAGCCGCACGCAAGUUCAAUCGUACCAUGAAGAAAGCAGUUCAGAAGAUCGACUUGAUGAAGACCCCGAUUCCGACGAGGAACAAUCUAGACGUCUCUCUCUUUCUUUGCGCCCACGCGAUUUGAAUCGCAUGCCCGUGUCAUAUCGCGAAGAAUCUACAGACGACAAUUUUGAAGAGGGUGCAAGCGAUGAGGAACCGCAGACCUCAGUACCCGUUGAAGCCUCGACUCGAACGUAUCCGCUUACCGAACCAACAAGUCACCGCAAUUUAAAUAGGCCCCAACGUAAACGGCCUGUGGAAACGAGAUCUCAGACUAAGCGGUCGAAGAGAGCCUCUAAUAAUAAGCGCUUGGAAUUGGGUAGGCCUCUCAAUAAACGAAGGAAAGUGGAGGAGGAUAUUAGCCCGCUCGUGAGCUCUGGUGUCAUCCCCCCUUGGCAAGACCUUCCUUACCACAUACUGUUCGAUAUAUUCUAUAGCGCUGCAUAUCCCCUAGUGGAUGAGAAAGCUGCAACCAGAAACAGCUCAGUACAAUGGCUUGUGAAUGUCUCUCUGCUUUGUCGCACUUUCCACGAGCCUGCGAUGGCUGCUCUAUACCACUGCCCCCCUCUGAUACCCCCCGCCAAAGCACACGGCCUGCUCAACCUGUUAUCCAAACCGCAGGAGUCUCUUUCAACCAACUACGUUAACAAGAUUAGAGAAUUACACAUCGAUGCCGAAGUCCUUCUAUCUUACAAAAGUGGCCCGACUUUAGGAUAUUUCGAGCUGCCAAGGUUGAUAGAGAGAGCACCCCAAUUGAAAACGUUGCGUCUCUAUCAUAGUGACGACUAUGUUGUCGGUCUCCCUCUCUGGCAGAGGACGAAGUGGGCUUAUCCUGAAAGUCUUUUUACGUCGAUCAUAUCAAGCUCGAUCCGCCUGCGCAGCUGGGAUUGGAACAGUCGCUUCAUGGAAACAAAGGCGCUACUUCCGUACAUGAUGGAAAAACACCUUCAAGCUUCUUUCAGCGGCUUACGGGAGCUCAGGUUGCUGCAUAUCGCCUCAGAAGAUUCUGACGUGGACGACCCUGCCGACGUGUCAAACGAGAGGGAAAUUGUCCUUGCGACAGCGCUUAAAGAACUCCCAGAGCUACUUCGCUUGGAAUUCCUAGAGUGCUCAAUCGUGAAUGAGCAUCUUUUGCCCAACUUACCUCCAAACUUGACGUCGCUCACGAUAAACAACUGCGAUGAAGUAACUACAGCAAACUUUAGUGCAUUUCUUGCAUCCCAUGGCCAGCAUCUUCGGGACUUAGCUCUAAGUCACAAUCGCCAUUUGAGCCUGUCGUUCAUAGUAGGCCUGGCGCAGUCUUGUCGAAGUCUUGAAAAGUUCAAGAUGGACAUCUCAAUACAUGACUUGUCUAGUUAUCAUGACGUCGAACCUCAUUUCAGGGAGCUUCUUAAUAGCUCAGAGGUCCCAACAUGGCCAUCUACCCUGCAAGAAAUUGAGUUGAUACAGCUACGCAAAUGGGACGAUACGACAGCGGAUGUAUUCUUCACAUCCCUUCUUGAUGCGGCUCCUGAACUACGGAACUUGCGGCGAUUAGUGAUCAGCGCGAUUCUCAAGAUUGGGUGGCGUGAUCGUGCGUCUUUUCGAGAAAAAUGGAUUGGCAAGCUCGAGAAGGUCUUUUUAAGGCGCAGUACUCUUCCAGAUGCCACACUUAGCACUAUUCCACCUGCCUCUCGGCUGCCAGUACCUGGUAGCUCGGCUGCUAGCAUAGUUGAAGACAAUAAUUCUGCUCAGCCAGAUCCUCACGGCAGUGGAUUUUCGACGCCCUCGAAACGAAAAAGUGCCCGCCUUGCUCAACAGAAGCUUUCUGAGGUUGAAGAUGAUGUUGGUUUAAUCGUAUCUCACCGCGCAACGCCUGACAGUGACGAUAACAAAAAGCCGCUGGCUGUACAAGGUAUGUGUGACGUGGUUAUGGUUCGCAUCGACAAUCAACGUCCAAGUGAGACACAAUUCAAUGAGGAAGAUUUUCUUGAUGAUGAAGCAAGUGGUGAUGAAGACUGGAACGGAUAUGAUAUGGAUGCGGGAGAUACAACCCACGCAUGGUAA